AUGGCGUCAUGGAACGUUUUAUUCCGUUUGAUUCGACAACUGGUAGCCAGGCAAGCCUUGAAAAAUACAAAAAUUAUAAAUUAUUUAUCAAAAAUUUUGUCAAAAACUGUUUUAUAUACGAUUUAGUAGCUUUUUUACAAUAACGGAAGUUAUAUUACCGUACAGGUAGAAAUAUUUUAAAUUUAUAAAACUGGUGCACUUUUUGGUACUACUGGUAGAACUGGUACUGUUAAUAUUUAAAUUUUGAAACACAUUUUUGAUAUUAACACGAAACAUGUUGUAUUAAUAUAAAAAAGCGGUUUGGUGUACUUUUUGGUACUACUGGUACAACUGGUACUCUAAAUUUUAAUACUUAUGGUUUAAACUAAAAAUUGUGUAGCUUAAGUAGUUUUAGGUAAUAAAAAAUUUUAAAAACUUGAAUAUUAAGGUAGUUUAGGUAACAAUCUAAAGUAUUAUAGGCAGUGCUCAACCAAAAAUAAUAUGUAUAUUAAUCUUGUGCUAUUUGCAGUGACUCCACAGCCAAAAUGAGGUGUCGACAACGGAAACAGUUGUUCCAACAACGGAAUCAAUGUUGUGAUUUCUCAUUGGUUUUAGGCUUAUUAGGCCUAAUUCUGGUUGUAAUUGACACGGAAAUCACUGCACUCAACAUUGUGGACAAGGUAGGUUGAUAUUUUACAGGCUUUGAGGGCUAUUAGGUUUAAAUUGGCGUUAAGAAUAAAUUUAGGCUUAGCUUUAGGUUUAACGUUAUAUAUGAGAUAUUUAAAUUUUGAAAUUAAAAAACAUUUUUAGACCGACUACCCCUCAAUAGCUCUCCGUUCCCUAGCCUUGGUAUCAACAGUCCUACUAAUUGGCACUAUAAUCAACUAUCACCGAAUCGAAGUCAAAAUAGCACUAAUCGAUAGUGGCGCAGAUGAUUGGCGUGUCGCUGUGAGCACCGACCGGUUGAUAAAACUGAGUAUCGAGAUACUAAUUUGCAUCGUAUGUCCAUUCCCUGGCAGUGGCGUAGUCAACUGGACUUAUGUUCGUGAGGACCAUCAUGUCAGUUCUGUACCAGUACCAAUGGACGUGAUUAUGUCGAUUCCCAUGUACUUACGAGUAUACCUGUUCUGUCGCUUUAUGGUACUACAUUCGCGACAAUUCCAAGAUGCGGCUACACGAUCUAUUGCCGCUUUGAAUCGUAUUUCCAUGGACUUUUGGUUCGUAGUAAAGACCAUGAUGUCCGAUCAUCCCCUGAGGGUAUUGAUUAUGUUCACCAUGAUCUACUGGCUCUGUGCUUCAUGGGCGUUCACUCAAUGUGAACGAUGGGAUCGGCCGUUCGAACACUACUAUAUGAACAGUCUAUGGUUUGUGAUAGUGACAUUCCUGUCCAUCGGUUAUGGUGAUGUGGUACCGAGGACAUAUGUCGGCCGAGCACUAGCCGUUCUCACUGGUAUCGUUGGUGCAGGUGUGUCUUCGGCAUUGAUCGCCGUGAUCUCAAGGAAAUUGGAGUUGUCGCGAGCUGAAAAACAUGUGAAUAACUUUAUGGCCGAUUCGAAACUAACCAAUCAGAGGAAGAAUGCUGCAGCAUCGGUACUACAACAUACUUGGUUCAUUCAUCGAUAUCAGAGGAGUAGUAACAAGGGAGAUGAUUUGAGAUUGAGACAACAUCAGAGAAAGUUCUUGAAUGCUAUUAAUGAGUUCAGAAGGAUCAAAUGGGAUCAGAGGAAGCUACAGGAACGAGGAAACUCAUUGCUGGACAUUGGAAAGGUAAGAAAAAUCAUUUUUGUUACCUAAACAUCAGCUUUUGAGGCUUUUUUGCUGCAUUUUCUGACAUAAAAGCCAAUUUUUUGACUAUUUGUUACCUAAAAAUAGAAUUUUUUUGACUUUUUUUUCAAAAAAAACCAAGUUUUUUCGAUAUUUUGUUACCUAAAAGUCAAAAAUUUAACAUUUGUUAUUUUUUUGUUGCCCAAAAACGAUUUCUUUGAUAUUUUGUUACCUAAAACUAAACUUUUAUCAAAUUUCAGCUCCACAAUGAAAUGCACGAAACCCUGUGGGAAAUGCAUCGUACUCAAGACCAAUUCAUAACCCAGAUCGACCUUCUAACUCAACGCAUCGGUGAUCUUCAAAACGUCAUCAUGACACAACAAACCCCUCAAAAUGGAACUUUGUCUCCGCAGAACACUGUAAAUUAUGUUAGUCCACCAGGCUCGGCCUACAACAACUACCCGCCCAAUAGUAAUCAUCCGCCUUUCCAUCAGCCAAAAUUAGCCUCGCCAAAUCCGAAACGGUACAGCGUCCAAGCUACGGCAAUUACCAUGCCUGAACAUGUGCUGCAUGUGCAAAAGAGCUCGGUAAGAUUUUUUUAUUUCGUUGCACCAUGCAAAAGUAUAAAUAAUAGACUGCACCGUGCAAAAGUUUGAAAGAAGGAUUGCACCGUGCAAGCGAAUAAAAAGCUGGCUGCACGGUUCAGUCUCUUUUUUAUUGGUAUGCAUGGUGCAAAAUAUUUUUUGAGUAAAAAAUAUUUAAAAAAUUGAAAAAGAGAACAUAUUCUUGUUUACUAAAGCUUAGAAAUUAAAAUUUUUUAUUUUCUAGGUAACAUAGACACUUUAUGACCUUUUUUGUUACCUAAAAAUGACCUUUUUGCCAUUUUUAGAUAACAAAAACUAAUUUCAGCUACUGAUAAAAAUAGCAAAACUUGUACAAAAACUCAAUUUUCAGGACAACACCCCAACCGGAAACGGCGGUCUGGUGCACCAACAUGCAAUAGAAAAACGUGGUACUCUUUCACAAACGUCCAACGACUUGGAACCGGACGAAACGGAUAUUUCGGCCUCGUCGCCACUAAUUACGCGUCAAAACUUUUAA